CUCUCCUCUUCGUAUGCUAAUUAGCUCAUCAGUCUCUUGUGCCUGCACAGUUGUCUCUGGUGGUCUCUCACGGGGGUCUCAGCGAUGAAGGCAGAAGUCUUCCUCUGAGAUGAACUUCUGACCCUGCCGCCUUGCGCAUGCUCACUGGUGCUCUGGUCAUAGUUCAAGCUGUAAGUGUAAACAAAUCACAUUGAAUCAUGGCAGCAGAUUCUAUGGAAAUUGAUGAUGCUUUGCAUAGUCGCCAGAGGUAUGUUCUUGGAGACACAGCAAUGCAGAAGAUGGCUCAGUCCCACGUGUUCCUGAGUGGUAUAGGUGGCCUUGGUGUGGAGAUUGCCAAAAACAUCAUUCUGGCCAGGGUAAAGGCUCUUACAGUUCAUGACACCAAGCACUGCACAAAAUGGGAUUUGGGGAUCAACUUCUUCAUCCAUGAAGAUGAUGUUACCAGUCAAAGGAACAGGGCUGAGGCCACACUUCCUCAUAUUGCAGAACUCAAUCCAUAUGUCCAUGUAGCAGCAUCAACUGUGCCACUAGAUGAAACCACAGAUCUGUCUUUCCUAAAGCACUACCAGUGUGUCAUAUUGACUGAAGUCAGUCUGUUGCUGCAGAAGAAGAUAAAUGACUUCUGUCAUGCUCAGCAGCCACCUAUUAAGUUCAUCAGUGCAGAUGUGUAUGGAGCAUGUUCACGUUUGUUUUGUGACUUUGGUGAUGAAUUUGAAGUGCUGGAUACAACAGGAGAGGAGCCAAAGGAAAUAUUCAUUUCAAAUAUAACACAAUCAAAUCCUGGUAUUGUCACUUGCCUUGAAAAUCAUCCGCACAGGCUUGAAACAGGACAGUUCUUAAACUUUAGGGAAGUUAAUGGAAUGUCGUGCUUGAAUGGAUCCACACACCAAAUAACAGUGGUGUCACCUUAUUCCUUCAGCACUGAUGACACAUCAGAGAUGGAGCCUUACUUGCACGGAGGUAUAGCUGUGCAAGUGAAGACGCCCAAGAUGUGUUACUUUGAACGGCUGGAGAAGCAGAUAACAAAUCCAUUAUGCCUUGCUGCAGAUUUUAGCAAGCCUGAGGCACCUUUGCAGAUCCAUGUUGCCAUGCUUGCCUUAAACCACUUCUAAAAGAACUUUGGUCACAGACCGAAGAUUGGAUGCCUUCAAGAUGCUGAGGAAAUGCUGAAAAUAGCCAUGUUUAUAAAUGAAACACUGGAAAACACACCUCAGGUGAAUGGAGAUGUGGUGAAAUGGCUGUCUAGGACUGCUCAGGGAUUUCUGCCUCCUUUGGCUGCAGCAGUGGGUGGUGUUGCUAGCCAGGAAGUCCUGAAAGCAGUAACAGGAAAAUUUUCUCCAUUGCAGCAGUGGCUAUAUAUAGAUAUGUUAGACAUUGUAACACCUCUAGAGAAGGCGGGCUCUGAGGAGUUUCUCCCACGGGGAGAUAGAUGCGAUGCCUUGAGGGCUUGUAUUGGAGACUCUCUGUGCCAGAAGCUCCACGAUUUGAAUGUUUUCUUGGUUGGCUGUGGAGCGAUAGGCUGUGAAAUGCUGAAAAACUUCACACUUCUUGGUGUUGGUACUGGGCAAGACAAAGGAUUGGUUACAAUUACAGAUCCAGAUUUGAUCGAGAAAUUCAACCUGAACAGGCAGUUUCUUUUUCGACCUCAUCACAUACAGUGGGCCUCCACGGUGAUACCCCUUGAUGCACGAUUAAAAGAUGGAAGAUUGUUUUGGCAAUCACCAAAGAGGCCUCCUUUCCCAGUGAAGUUUGAAUUUAAUGAUCCUUUGCUCGUGGUGAUAGUGAGCACAGCAAAACUCUUUGCAACAGUGUACUGUGUUCCUUUCACAGAAAAGGACUUGUCAGAGGAAACCAUUUUGGGGGUCAUUUCAUCUGUGAAGGUACCAGAGUUUAGACCUUCAAACAAAGUUGUACAGACUGAUGAAACUGCAAGAAAACCAGAUCAUGUUCCCAUCAGCAGUGAGGAUGAAAGAAAUGCGAUUUUCCAGCUGGAGAAGUCUAUACUAUCCAAUGAAGUUCUCUUGCGCGCUGACUUGCAAAUGAAGCCCAUCUCCUUUGAGAAAGAUGAUGAUAGUAAUGGGCACAUAGAUUUCGUAACAGCAGCAUCAAACCUGCAAGCCAAGAUGUACAUCGAGCCAGCAGAUCGGUUCAAAAUAAAGCGCAUUGCUGGAAAGAUUAUUCCUGCCAUUGCAACAGCUACUGCUGCAGUAUCAGGGCUGGUUGCACUGGAACUCAUCAAAGUUGUCGGUGGCUACCCAGCUGAUGCAUGUAAGAACUGUUUUCUGAACCUAGCCAUUCCCAUAAUGGUCUUUACAGAAACUGCUGAAGUAAGAAGAAUGGAAAUCAGAAAUGGGAUAUCAUUUACCAUCUGGGACAGAUGGACAAUUUAUGGGAAAGAGGAUUUUACUCUGUUGGACUUCAUAAAUGCUGUCAGAGAGAAAUAUGGAAUUGAACCAACUACGGUUGUACAAGGAGUCAAAAUGCUCUAUGUUCCUGUGAUGCCAGGCCAUAUUAAAAUAUUAAAGUUGACGAUGCAAAAGCUUGUGAAACCAUCAGCUGAUAAGAAGUAUGUGGAUUUGACAGUAUCAUUUGCUCCAGAGACUGAUGGACAGGAAGACUUGCCAGGGCCACCUGUAAGAUACUACUUUGUUCAGGAAGACAAUUGAUGGUAGAGACACAAAAGUCACUCAUGGACCAUUUGUUCUGGGAGUGUGCUAAU